AGCCCAAUAAUCGUCGCGGAGGUGCUGCUUGCGGAUCUCGCUCCUACAGACACUUCUACUCCUUUUCCCCCAUUUGCAUCUCCCUGCCCGAAUAGCGGCGAAGAGACGUCAAGAAAGAUUAAGAAAAAGAAGAAGAGUUGCGGAACAACAGCACGCGAAACAACUCAAGCUUUUCUCUUCCUCCUCCUUAUCGUGUUUAGGGGAUUCGGACGAAGAAGCAAGACACAAGAGCAAGUGGACGUGAUACACCCAGCGCAUUUUGGUUAUAUAUAUUUCUUUGUUUUACUUAGACGCACAUGAAACUCGCGAAAGAAAAGUCUGUCGCCAUUUUUGUUUCAUAUAUUUAGCUUCCUCCACGCUUUCUCUCCCCCUUUUUUUAAAAUUUUGUAUCCCCUCACACAGUCUUCCUCGUUGGUGUGUGUUUUAACUUCUUCUGCCUUUGCUGUCACUUGUAUUAGAUUUCGUUGAUUUUUGAGAAGGAGGAGGAAACCGCGGCCGCCGCGCGCACGUACGUCCACACACGCCUGCAGCUCAUUGCUUCUCGUGUUCACGCCGUCUCUCCAUCGCGUUCUUUCUUUCGGCUCUUUUUUGUUUGUAAAGGAUAACUUCUCUAGAUACCUUUUUUUAUUUGAUUUUCUUCUGUCUUUCCAUUGUGUAUAGACAAGACGCAAACUGUCUCGCAACCAUGACACACAACAACACGGCUUCUCACGGCGCCGAGGAGUACCCGGACGAUGGCCACAUCUUUGUCUGCGUGCGCGUCCGCGACGUGCCUCACAACACUGCCUGCCUGACCAACAGCAGCAGCAACGUGAACAGCGGCACCCGCACCUCCACCGUCGUCCGCAAGUCGAUGGUGCGCGAUGCGCAAAAGAUCUGCGUGUCUGUGGUGGAGAACGUUGUCGUGAUGCACGACCCGAAGGCACUCGACGACGCCGCGACGGUCGCGAAGGACGGCAACAACGUCGUGCAGCUGCUCACGGACCGCGCGAAUCGCAUGAACGCCGUCGGGCGUCCGUCACGCAAGACGAACGGCGGCGGCGCUGCGGCUGGUUCGGCGAUGACGCGCACGAACUCGCGCCGCACCUCAACCCUCGGUGGUGGAGGCGGCGGACGUGCCUACGGCCCAGGCAACUCUCUCGUGCCCACCGGCACAGCGAACUACUACGAGUGUGAUCGCUGCAUUGCGUCGAUGGAGCAGCCGCAGCUGCUGCAAAUGCCGCUGAUCCGCACGAGCGAUUUCCUCCAGCCCCCUCCGUACGGCACGCAGGAGGACGUGUACCGGCACACCGCGAUGCACGCGGUGAAGGCAGCGGUGGAGGGCAUCAACUCGUGUGUGUUCGCCUAUGGCCAGACCGGCAGCGGGAAAACCUACACGCUGUUCGGUGACACGACAAACAUCCGCCGCGACCCCGGCGUCGUGCCGCGUGCGGUGGACGACCUCUUUCGUCAGCUGGAGGCAGUGAAAGAGUCGUACCGCGGCAACGAGGAGACGGACUACUCCUACAACGUUCAGCUGUCCUUCUUUGAAAUCUACCAGAACGAGGUGUACUGCCUCUUCUCCCGCCAGGGCCCGCUGCACGUCCAGUUCCUGCGGGACCCGGCUGGCAAGAAAGAGACGAUGACUAUCAACGACCUGCAGCAGCAGACCGUCGCCUCGGCCGACAAGGCCUACCCGCUGAUCGAGAUGGGACUGCGUCGCCGGCAGACGGCCGAGACUGGCAUGAACGCGCGCAGCAGCCGCAGUCACGCCAUUUUGCAAAUCCGUGUGGCGCAGUACCGCACCAACCGCGACACCCGCGAGACUGUCGAGCAUCAAGCCACGAUCAACCUGGUGGAUCUCGCCGGCAGCGAGCGUCAGAAGACGGCGAACACGGACGGCAAGAGCCGCGACGAGGGCAUCCACAUCAACCAGUCACUCGCCACGCUGGCACGUGUCAUCAACGACAUCGCCGGUGGGGCGAAGUUCGUGAACUAUCGUGACUCGCUGCUCACGAUGGUGCUGAAGGACAACCUCGGCGGCAACAGCAAGACGUUCAUGAUCGCCAACAUCUCGCCCAUCUCCUUCAGCUUCUCCGAGUCAUGCGCCACGCUGACCUACGCGAAGGACGUCCGGAAGAUCCGCAACCGCCCCAUGGUGAACAAGACCUUCCAGACCCGCACGAACCUGCUCGAGCAGAACUCCCGGCUCAAGCAGGAAAAUGAAAAGCUGAAGGAGCAGAUGGAGGCGUGGGUCCGAAAUCUGCAAGGCGGCGGUGCCGCAGAUGUGAACUGGGCGCAGGUGCCAAUGUUCCGCACGAUCCAACAACGCAUUGCCUCGGCAGCGACGAUGGGGAAUGGCGGUUCGUCUCCCCCACCUCAGGAUCAGCAGCAUCCGCAAGGAAGAGCGAUGAUGCCCUUCUCCGUGUCGCAGCUGGCUGCCGGGGGCAACGACGCCUUCCUGUCCGCCACCAGCGCCGGGCUGACGGCACCGCUGCUCAUCUCCUCGCACCGCCGCUACACCAGCGUGGCGGGCAUCGGCGGCUCCUGCGUGGAGGGCGGCGUCGUGCGGGUCUCCGCGUUGGUGAAGGAGACGAUGCAGUUCCCGCUGCGCUGCGUGCUCGAUCCUGCCGGGGGCGGCGGCGUCGGCGGGACGAAGAUCGUGGAGGUGAAGGACAGCGAAAAAGAGCCGGCGUCGCCCAAUGGAGAGGACGAGCGGCACACGACCAUUCUCAUGGAAACCGACAACGACGAUGAUGGCGAUGAUGGUGAGGAGCACGCCGGUGGACAUGGAAAGCGCCGUGCGAGCGCCUCUCCCGACGCAGUUCCUACCGACUUUCCGCACGACGGCGCUGCUGCUGCUGCUGUUGCGCCGAGCAACAUGGCGGACCUCGGUGUGCUGCAGCUGGACCGCGUCGCGCUGCGCUCCUGUGAGCAGCGCUACUACGUCCACUUCGUACCCCCGACAACGGAGGACGGCAUCGCCCGGCUGAUUGACGUGCAGGUGAACGGCAAAAGCAUCGGGGCGAAGAACCGGCGCGAGCUGCACCACGGCGACGUCGUGUGCGCCUAUUUGGAGGACAGCAAGGACACGGCCGUGGGUCUGCGUGCUCAGAGCCUCGUCUCCUUCCACUACGUCGACCUCAACUCCCUGGCGCGCAACAUGAACGGGGCUGCCCUCGGGUCGGCCACCACCUUGGGUCAGAUCGCCGUCUCGGUGGACAUCCCAGAGGACUUGGAGAACCUGACGCUGGAGGGCAUCAAGCAGCUGCAGCGCGACAAUGCGAAGCUGCUCGACAUGGUACGCCAGCAGGCGGAGACGAUCGACUUCCAGUGCGCCCGUGCGAGCGUGUCGCAGGCAAGUCGUGCAAAUCUGAUCGAGGGCAUUUCCUCCAUCGGCAGCCCGGAGAGCGUAUCGCCCGAUCCGCGGUCGGUGGAGCCGAGUCCGUCGGCCGUCAUGCCACUCGAGCAGCGCACCGCCGUGGCCGUUGCGGAGGCCUUCCGUCGUCUGUCGGAGCCGCACGGUCUGCGCGGCGGGUCCGUCAUGCCGGCUGACAUCGCCGCGGACGAGCUGCUCCGUCGUGCUGCGGCGCAGAGUGCGUCGCAGCAGCGCCUGGACAGCGCGGUGAAGGAGAAUGAGAAGCUGCACCGCACGGUGGUGUCGCGCAACGCGACGCUGGAUGCGCUGGCGAAGCGGUUGGCGGAGCUGGAGGCGGGCGGUGAUGACUAUCAGCGGGACGUGUGCUCCUCCUCUUCGCGCUCAUCAUCGUCGUCUGCUGCUGAUGCGGCGUCGCACAGGACCACCUCCUCCUCCCCCUCCUCCGUGAGUCUCAGCCCCUCGGCGGAUUACGAUGACAAGGUUGCGACGGUGGUCUGCCCACACGACAAGGAGGAGGUGGGUGUCAGCAUGACGCGCGUCUCCUCGCCGUCCGCGACCCGCGAUGCUUCAGAAAGUCCUCAGAAACACAAGAAGAAGCAGAAGGCUGUGCGAGUGUUGGCGGACGACGACGAAGACGACGAGGACGAGGAGGAGCCCAUCGGCGAUGGCAAGCGACGUGUCGUGUACGACAACACGGAGGGGGCGCGGGAGCGCUACGCGGCUGUGGUGCGCGAGCGAGAGCAGUUCGACCACAUCGUGGAGCUGGAGGAGGUCAUUCGUGAUCUGCGCGAGCGCCUGGCGGAGUUGGAGAGCCGGCUGCGCUUUGCGAAGGACGAGACCCUCGAGCAGCAGAUGUUCCAUGAGCAGGCGGAGGCGGAGCGGAUGGCGCUGCUCGAGGAACUCGACGACGCCCGCCGCGAGAACAACGAACUGCGCGGCGACAACGCCAGCCUCGAGGCCUUCCUCGCCAAGGAUGAGCAGGCGCUUGCGGAUGCAGCGCGGUUGACGGAGGAGGAGGUGCACCGCCAGACGUCGCUGCUGGUCGACCGCAUUACCGCGCUGAAGGCGCUGGCGCGGAUGUGGAAGCAGCGAACAAUGAAGUACAUCGCCAUGUGCUACGGCGCGGGCGACGGCAGCGACGCGAUGUCUGCAGCGGCGCACUUGGACGCCAUUCCGUGGGACGACCUGCGCGCAGCAGAGACGGUGGCCAUCGCGAAGAAGCGUCUCGGCGGCACCUCCAGCGGCAGCAGCUCCCCCGUCCAUCACGGCGCCCGCAGCAGCGGUGGUGGUGGUGGUGUUUGCACGGCUGAGAUGGCGCAGACGAUCGAGGACUUCGAAAAGGACACUGCCGAGGAGAACCUGCGGGCGCUGGAGUACGCGCUGCUCGACUUUGAGCAGGAGAAUCAGCGGCUGCAGGACGAGAUUCGCCGCAUUCAGGCUGAGUUGCAGCGCUUCAAGGAUCUCAUUGAUCGCCUGCGGUCCGAGAAGACGGACAUGGAGCGUCAGCUGGCCGACGCAACCGACGCGACGGACGAGGAGCGCCGCCGCAUGCAACGCCUGCUCGACGACACGAACCGUCAGCUGGACGAGGCGGAGGGCAACUGGAAGGAGACGCAGGGCCGACUGGACGAGGCUGUGGCGCUGUGCGACAACAACAAGCGCAAGGCGGCGAAGAACAACGAGCUGCUCUUUGCUCAGCAGAAGCGCACCAUCGAGGGCCAGGAGGCGCAGAUCGCACGUCUGCGCAGCGACGUAGCCUCGAAGGACGAGGAACUGCGGAACCUGACGCAGUACAUGGAGGACCACGACGCGCUGGGCGGCGAUGGCGUGGCGAAGAGCUACGAGUUGCGCUCCCGCAUUGAGGAGAUGGUGGCGGACACGGCGGACGACUUCGACGCCCCGACCGGCUACUCCGUCUUCCCGGCUGGCUACGAGUUCUCCGACGAGAUGGUGGCGCUCAUUCGGAUUUGUCUGCGCAUCCUGCUCGAUCGGCUGAAGAUGGAGCUGUACGUGCUGAACUCGCAGAGCGUGCACAAGUUCAGCUUGCUGAUCCACGCCGUGAAGGCCCGCACCGAGGCGCACUUCCACACUUUCAUGCAUCAGCUGCGCGACGCCGUGUCGCAGAUGACCGGCCGCGUGGUGCGCCCGGGCGGGAAGUGGGGCCUGUCGGAGGCGGACGUCCUCGCCAACCUGGUCGACCACCGCCGGCGGCAGGUCGGCGACGCGCUGAACGGGCUGCUCAUCUGGUACGAUCAUUGGGACAGCGCGCCCAAGAUGGAGCACGUCGCGUACAUGGAGCUGAUCCGCAACGCAGACCGCAUUCUCCAGAUGGCCCGCCUCGUGCGCCGCGAGAGCCUACUCAACACAAACGCGACGUCAACGUCGUUGAUGCCGGUGCCGGGCAAGAACAUCUCCAGCGAGAUGUCGCUCGUGGCGGAGGGGCCGAAGAGGAAGGAUAGGUCCGUGAAAGACAGCUGCAAGAUCCUGUCGCGGAUGAACUCCUCAACGCGGCAGAGCAAUUUGGCGCGUGCGGUGACGCAGUUCUCGGCCACGCCCUCGCGAGCCACCAUCGCUGCGCGCGAGGACGCCAACCUCGGUGGGGUGGAGAGCACGCCCUUCAGCCGCAGUGCGACAGCCACGGCCCUGGUGCUGUCGCAGAGCAUGAUCCCCUUCAGUCGCUCCGCCACAGCGACCCGUGGCAGCGUGCAGCCGCCGUCGCAGCAACAGCAGCAGCACGCAAACGCCUCGACGCUGUCGCACCAGACCGGCGGUGUGUCACCGGCGCAUGGUGAGAAUGGUCCGACCUUCACCCGCUGCCUCUCCGGCCUGCCGCGGCCGUCCGCCACGGCGACGCCGUCGAGCUUUGCGGCGGUGUCGACGCCGAUGCGACCGACCAAGUCGAACGCGGGCGAGGCAACCGUCACGAGCCACGCCAUCGCCGCUGGCGCCCCCUCCCCUGCCGCCGCUGCGGCGCGUGCGAAUUACACCCGGAUGGCCUCGGCCGGGGUGCUGCCGGUGUCCGAGGCGGAUGUAGCCUAUGUGGCCACCACCGACGUCGCUGAGGCGGUGUCGAUCAACUCGUACAACUUCUCGCGUCGCAUGUCGGCCACGCCGGCGGAGAUGGCGGAGCGCGGCGAGCCCGCUGCCUCCGCGGCGCGGCAGCCGAACCACCCAUUUUCACGCUGCCACACCUCCAUUCCUCAGUCUCAGCGACCGCCGCAACAGCACCAGCCGCAGCAGCGGCAGCAACGGGACUCCACGCAGGCGCUGCGCCGACUGUCCUCCGCCGUACCGCUGCGAACACGCGUGAGCGGGACGGGUGGCCCCCGCACGAGCCAACGACGCCCAAGCGACGCGAAAGCCACGGAGGCGUUUGCGCGCUCCAAGACGCAGUACCAUCCCCAGCCCGCGCACGGUCGGCUGGCCCGUAGAGGCUCCGACUUGGCGUGUCGCGACAGCGUUGGCAGCGGGGCGGCCUCGCCGAGCGUGCGCGGGUCGUUGCAGCACUCUACGAAUCUGUCCGGGUUUUGCUUCCCGUCGUCUGGCCGCCGGCAACAGGGGUCGGGGUCCGACUCGCGGACAAGCCAGCGGCGGUCCAGCAUGCUGCACAACUCCCUCACGAAGCCGCCCGCUGCGGCACCCUUCUACAGCCCCGCUGUCCUCCGGUCGUUGCGGGAGCGGAGCACGAGUGACGCAAACCGCGCAAGUUCCGCGGCCGCUGGCGGCGGCAAGCUGAUGGGGAGCAAGAAGAAGGCGGCGAGCCCGACUGCGACUGGGGCAUCGAAGCCGUUCAGCCGUACGAGCAGCGAUGUGCCGAGUAAGAAGAAGGUCGGCGGGAACUCGGCGGCCUUUCAGAAGACGCAGAGCGCACCGCGAGUGAGUGGCGUCGUGAAGGGACGGCUGUCUUCGGAGAACGUGCCUGGCGCGUCCUCGGGUGCGCCUCAGGUGCCGCGGCUCAACUUCACGGGAGUGGCGGGCAACGCGUGA